AUGCCGAUGCCACACCAAGCUGAUGCCAUCGUGUUUGGCCACCAACCCACCAUGGCCCCGGUGCAGUCCGAGGUGGCACAAGAGCUGCCACCCGAAGUGGACCUCAACGACAGGCAUUCCUUGGUCGGCUUCCUCCUGGAUCCUGGCAAUGACAUUCGACUCAUAACUGGCCUGUACCUUCAACAACUGCACCGAGAGGGCCGCAUCUGGCCAAGGCGGCAAGAAGUGGAAGAGCAUGGCUUCGUGACGGAGAGGGAGCUGCAUAACUUCCGAGAAAGAGAGACUCUACGAUCCCUCGAUUUUUGCAACGAGAAUGAGCAGCCCAGGAUCAUCGCUGUGUCACACGUUUGGGAGACAAGGGAACAUCCCGAUCCACUUGGCCGCCAGCUGCAAGCGCUUGUGGAGUGUCGGAAGUGGCCAGCCCGGUUGUCAUGGUAUUUUAUUGACUACAUGUCCCUGCACCAGUUCUACAGAGGAGAUCAAGACAGUCCUGCGCAAAAAAGCUUCAGCCGGGUCAUGAAUCAGAUGCACGUCUUCUACUCACAUGAAGACACCUAUACAUACCAGCUCACGCGCGUCACCGAAGCGCAGGCGAUCAGAGAGUCUGCCAAGGAGGUUCCGAUCUUUCAUUGGCCGCAUUUCCCGGCCCCUCCUCUGGGGAAGCUCGCGGUGGUGCCGUGCAGGAUGCUUACGACAAACGAAACGCCGUACUCCGCGCGCGGAUGGUGCUGUGCGGAAGCUCUUUGGUCCGCCAUGAGAUCUGACGGAAGCCACAUGGUUUGCAUCGACGAUCACGUCAUCGACCAGCAUGGAAAGGCUCCAAUGGCGCCAGAAGACUUCUGUCAACGAGUGGCAGAGGGCAACCUGCGAUUUACCCACAGGAAUGAUCAGGAGGCGGUGGUGGAGCUGCAGAAGAGCGUCUUCCACUUGAAGGCUCAGUCGAUGACGUCUUUGACGUUGGAGCUCCUGCCUCAGAGUGAGGUGCGCAUCCUCUGCAAUUCCCUCGGGUAUUUCCGGGAGUUGAAGACUUUGACUCUGCACCGGAGCCACAUCAUCCCAGGGUUCUUCAAGGCCUUGGCCGAUGCCGUACCUCAACUCCACGUCUUGCACGCCUCGUCAAACGAUCUCUCGCACGCCGAUGGCUUGGACUACGCCAUUGGACGGCUUGACAGCCUUAAAGAGCUGAAUUUGAGCAAGAACUGCUUGGGGGACGACGCCAUGCAGUCCCUGGCGAAAGGUAUUGCGCCGAAGUGCAAGCUUGAAACUUUGCGCCUCGCGAGCAACCAGGUCCGAAAUGCAGGCGCUGAGGCGCUUGCACAAGCACUUCGAAAAAACACAUCCAUCCAGCUCCUUGACCUGAGCAACAACCUCAUCGAAGAUGAUGGUGCCGCUGCCCUGGCCGAGGCGAUGCAGGAGAACCGACACAUUUGGAAGUUAAUCCUGAGCUCGAAUAGGCUGACCGGCGCGGGUGUGAGGGCUUGGGCAGAAGUGCUGCCCGGCUGCCAUCUGACUUCGCUGGAGCUUUUUCGCGGCCAUGACAUCGACAAGGCCGACAAAAACAUUUUGGCCAAGCGGAUGAGAGUGAUGAUCUUGGGCAGAGGAUGGUCACCUCAACUGGACCUGGUGAGAUUCCCUCUCCCCGGUCACCGCUUUGGUGCUUUCGGCCAAGACUGCUACUUGCUCCACUACGGCGCCGCUUUGCAUCUGGCCAUGGUGUUCUUCUUGGCCGCAGCCACAGCCAUCACAAGUGAGCGAAGAGGGUCGACCAUUUUGCUGCUCGUCCUGGUUGUUUCGUGGGUGUUCUGGAUGCUUUCCACAAUGUGGGGUCUGCUCGGCACGCUGCUGAUCCAAAAAGAGCCCUUCCACGACCGAAACCUGAAUAUCUGGCUGCUUCAGUCUAACCUUGCCCUCCUGGCAUUUUUCCUGGUACUUGGGGUCUGGGUUGCCAGCAUGAACACUUUGAAAGAAGAAGGCGCAAGCGUAGGCAUGCACUGGGUUCUGCCUUCUCUUGGCGUGGUCUCAUUCGUGUUCUCUCUCAGCCUCUUCCGACGAAAUGACUUGAGACGCAUUUGCUGUGUCCUCCGUGCCCGCUGCCUCAAGGCACGAGCCGAAGCAUAG